ACAAAUUGAUUCUGUAUUUUGGCGCCAAGAAAGAAUACUUGGCGAAAAUGCAAAGCGCUGGAAAGCGUAGAGUAAGAACCACAACAAGAAAACAAAAGGCGGAGAAACACAAAGUUACUGGUUCAAAUUCUCGCAGAAAAACGAAAAGAAGAAAGACUCAAACCAUAGCAGCUCAAGAAUCUUCCUUGCCUGAGAGAAUUUACAUAGUGAGACAAGUGGAAGCUGAAAGAAAUACCUUUAGUGUGCCGUUUGUCGAAGUGUUACAGACUCGAGAUAAAAAAGGCUCUAAAAUUUCCAGAAAGAGGAUUCAAGUAUUAGAAGAUAUAGAAACCACAAUUUCCAUCGGCGACACAGUGUUGUUGUGUUCCGACAGAGAGGAUUUUCCUUUUAUUGCUCGUGUAGAGGAUAUCAUUGUAAAGCCUCGUGUCACUACUGCGCAAAAAAAACAGCAAAACUGGCAACACGGAAAAAAUUGCAGUAUGUGGCUCUCUUUACGCUGGUUUUAUCAACCUUUUGAGAUUGAUAUAUUUAUUUUAGUUGUGCCAUCAGAGAUUGCAUUUGACGAUGAUGACGUUCUCUUGAGCAAUCAUAUCGACAAGAACAGCAUUGAAUGUUAUUUAGAUAAAUGCCAAAUAGCUUUUCCAACGGAGAAACCAGUAGACAGCCACUGUCCUGUCUUCAAGUGUAGAUAUUUCUAUGAUUGCAUCACAACAAACACUAGGAGUUUGAAGAUGGAGGACAAGCUUAUUCUAUUACAAACACAUAGUAACAGCGGCUUUGUUCGAAACAAAGAAGCUAAACUAUUGUUGAAGCCUUUAGAUAAUGAUUUAGCGGACUCGAGGAUAACCACGAGUGUUCUAGUUGGGAGAGAACCAGAGAUCGAAAGAAUAAAAGAGUUUCUCACGCAGUCCAUUCUAGACGUUUGUCAAGGUAGAAGUAAAGGAGAGCGUUCGUUGUAUAUCAAUGGAGUUCCAGGGACUGGAAAGACAGCUAGCGUUCGUCAUGUUCUCAAGGAUUUAAAUGAAAGUUCGAGUUUUAAUAGUAAAUUUGUCACUGUGGAAAUCAAUGGUAUGCUUCUUUCAGAUCCGCAAGAGGCAUAUUCUUUACUCUAUUCGACUAUCUUUAAGAAAUUUGUUGGUUCUAUGAAAGCAGCACAACAGCUUGAUCGCUACUUCGGUGAAGGUAAGACGGGAAGACAGAUUCCGAAGAAACGCAAUUACAGUUGCCUUUCUUGCAUUGUUGCUGUAUUGGACGAAUUAGAUGUGCUGCUUUCGAGAAAGCAAAAAGUCGUAUACGAUUUUUUAGAGUGGUGUGCCCGCGAGAACUCACCUCUGGUCGUCGUUGCUAUAGCCAAUACAAUGGAUCUUCCAGAACGUGUUCUGCAACCUCGCAUAGGUUCGCGUCUUGGUGUUAACAGGUUAUCUUUUUCACCCUACUCGAGUGCACAGUUGAGAAAUAUUUUAGACUCGCAAAUUCCAGUUUUGCUACAUUAUUCGCUUGAUAAAUUUGAGUCUUUAGCGCUUGAACUUUGCUGCAAGAAAGUGGCCUCAGUAACUGGAGAUGUCCGAAGAGCGUUGCAUGUAUGUCAACGUGCAAUAGAAGUUGCUCAAAGCGAGGGAAGUGACCUAGUUCGAAUGACACACAUCCAGGAAGCUUUUGUUACAAUGUACAGUCGAGGCCCUGUACUUUCUGUUGCUCAACUCUCGUUGGCUGAGAAAGUUGUCUAUUGUGCCGCGUUGCUUUGUGAGAGGCACUAUGGAGCAGAUUCUAUUUUUCUAGCCAGACUAGUUAAACAUGCUCUCGAACUUAGUCAAAGAUUAAGUUUACAUUUGGAUCUUGAGACUGGGAAAAUUUUGGAGAUAUGCUGUAACCUUUCAUUUUCAAGACAUAUAACUUUACAGUGGAACGCUGUGGAAAGUUUCAAUAAGAUUUUGUGUAAUGUUCAAUUUGAUGACUUUUGCUAUGCCGUUCAAGGCACUGUAUUUUAUGAUAUCUUGAACAAUUUGUUAAAAUAGUUGCAUCACGAUUUUAUUCUGACUAUUUA